AUGACAAUGUAUGGUAUUUAUACAAUAAAUAUUAAAGUAUUAUUCAUAUGUUUAAUUAUACUCGGUGAAUUUUCGAAUUUGUCAUUACAAAAAAGUGGAUCCAGUUCUAAAACAGCCACAACUCGUUCACCUCCAAAAAAAUCUACAACAAAAAAGAAACAAAAUGACGGAUUAAUUCCUCCUCCUGUUGUUGUUGAAGAACAAACAUGUUAUAAUAAAUCAAGUGGUGCUGCUAUUCGUUGUUUACCUGAAUUUGUUAAUGCAGCUUUUCGUCGUCCUGUUAUUGCAUCAAAUACUUGUGGUGAACGUUGGAAAACUGAUUCAACAAAUACUGGUACUGAAUAUUGUAUUCAAACAGGUCCACCACAUAGUGGAAUUUUGGGAGAUUAUUUGUCGGGUAAUGAACAAAAAAAUUGUUUAGUAUGUAAUAGUCGUGAUUCAUCACGAGCUCAUCCACCCAGUUACAUGACUGAUUUUAAUCAACGAGAAAAUCUUACAUGGUGGCAAAGUGAAACAAUGCUCGAAGGAAUUAAUUAUCCAACUACAAUCAAUUUAACACUUAAUCUUGGAAAAACGUAUGAUGUUACUUAUAUCAAAUUAACAUUUCAAUCACCUAAACCUGAAAGUUUUGUUAUUUAUAAACGUACACAUGAAAAUAGUUCUUGGAUACCAUAUCAAUAUUAUAGUGCAUCAUGUAUGCUAACAUUUGGAUUACCACCAAAGAAAUAUCCAGAUUUUGAUACAGAAGCUAUUUGUUCAGAAGAUUUUAGUGAUUUAACACCAUUACAUGGAUCUGAAGUAGCAUUUGGUACACUUGAUUGGCGACCAGGUGCAGUUACAUUUGAAAUGCGUAGUGAUCUUCAAGAUUGGGUAACAGCAUCUGAAAUUCGUAUACAACUUGUUCGAAUGAAUACAUUUGGAGAUGAAAUGUUUGGUCAACCAGCUGUACUUCGAACAUAUUUCUAUGCUAUUUCAGAUUUAGCUGUUGGUGGACGUUGUCAUUGUAAUGGUCAUGCAAAUAAAUGUACAAAACAAGGUGGUGAAUAUAAAAAUGAAACUCAAUGUGAAUGUGAACAUAAUACAAUUGGUCGAGACUGUGAUAUGUGUCAUCCAGCUUAUAAUGAUGCCCCAUGGCAACCAGCUGGAGUUAUUGAUGCACAUUCAUGCAAAACUUGUGUUUGUAAUGGCUUUGCUAAAAACUGUACAUUCAAUCGAGAACUUUACGAACGUACAGGUCAUGGUAGUGUUUGUAUUGAUUGUGCUGGUAAUCGUGGUGGACCUAAUUGUGAAAGAUGUCAAGUAGGUUUCUAUCGAUUACCAGAGAGUGAAGGUGAAUGUUUGCCAUGUAGUUGUGAUCCUAUUGGCUCGGAAAAUAUUCAAUGUGCAACCAAUGGUGAAUGUCGAUGUAAACCGGGUGUAGUUGGUGAUAAGUGUGAUAAAUGUGCACCUUAUCAUUAUAAUUUUGGAUUAAAUGGUUGCACUCGAUGUUCUUGUUAUGAACCUGGUUCUUUACAACCACCUCAAUGUAAUUCUAAAACGGGUCAAUGUAAUUGUAAAACAUUUGCCGAAGGACAAAAUUGUGAUAAAUGUCGACCAGGUUUCUUCAAUUUGGAUCCAAUGAAUCCGGAUGGUUGUACAAAAUGUUUUUGUUAUGGUCAUGCUUCGACAUGUCAAUCAGCACCGAAUUAUUAUUAUAAUCCAAUAAAAUCUUCUUUUUCUCAAGGUGUUGACGGAUGGCGAGGAGUAAAUCAAACAGGACAUGAAGUACCUCUUUAUAGUGACACUGGUAGUUAUAUUUAUGUUCAAGCAUCACCUGGUCAAGAUCUAACAUUCGAGGCAUCACCUCGUUAUUUGGGUGAUCGUACUUUGUCUUAUAAUCAAUUUUUGACAUUUAUAUUAAUUUUACGUGCACCAGCUAAUGUCAAUCGUAUGUAUACACAUGCUGAUGUAGCUAUUGAAGGUUCUAAUGGCGUAAAAGUUGGUGCUGUUAUUUACGGAGGAGUUCCACAAACAAUUCCAUCAGAAGAACCUUUAACCUUUCGAUUUAGAUUAAAUGAACAAUCUUGGUCACCAACAUUAUCUUUUCUUGAAUUUAUGCGUCUUCUAUCAAAUGUUACUGCUAUUCGUAUUCAUGCUACAUUUGGUGUUGACAAUGCUGUUAGUUUUCUUGGUGAGAUAACUCUUGGACAUUCUACACCUUCAACUGGUCUCUUUCCUAUUGGUAAUGUUGAAACUUGUUUACCAUGUCCUCAAGGCUAUUAUGGAGAACGUUGUGAAUAUUGUGCUUUUGGUUAUCGUCGACAACCUUCGUUUGGUGGUCCAUUUGCUAGUUGUGUACCAUGUCAUUGUCAUAAUCAUUCGCUAUCGUGUGAUGUUGAAACAGGCAAAUGUGCGUGUCAACAUCAUACAACAGGUGAUAAUUGUGAACGUUGUUUACCAGGAUAUUAUGGUCAAGCACAUCAAGGAACACCUGAUGAUUGUCAGAAAUGUCCAUGUCCUGCUGGUGUUUCAUGUACACAAUUACAAUUACCACAAGGACAUGUUGUUUGUUUGAAUUGUCCAGCUGGAUAUACAGGUGACCGAUGUGAAUAUUGUGAUGAUGGAUAUUUUGGUGAUCCAGAAGGUCUUAUAACUGGUGUAAGAAGACCUUGUGAAUUAUGUAGUUGUAGUGGAAAUAUUGAUCCGAAUACAAUUGGCAAUUGUAAUACAACCACUGGACAUUGUUUGCGUUGUACUCGUAAUACAUAUGGUGUUUAUUGUGAAAAAUGUCUACCUGGUCAUUGGGGCGAUGCAUUACUUGACAUAAAAUGUCAUGCUUGUAAUUGCCAUCCAAAAGGAACUCAACGUCAUAGUGAUAAUUCUCUCCUUCAAUGUAAUUUACAAACAGGUCAAUGUCCAUGUAAAUCAAAUGUACAAGGACGUCAAUGUGAUACAUGUGAAAAUGGUUAUUGGAAUCUUAAUUCAGAUCAAGGAUGUGAAACUUGUAAAUGUAAUCCAAUGGGAGCUUAUAAUAUUUCAUGUUUCGUUAACACUGGUCAAUGUUAUUGUAAACCAGGUGUAACUGGUGAAAAUUGUGAUCGUUGUUUACCUAAUCAUUAUGGGUUUUCAAGUGAAGGAUGUUCACCAUGUAAUUGUGAUCAAUAUGGUUCACUUGAUGUUCAAUGUGAUAUCGUUACUGGUCAAUGUCCUUGUAAAGAAAAUUUUAUGGGACAAAUGUGUGAUUUAUGUGAAGAAAAUAAAUAUCGAGAUGGUUUUGAAUGUCCAAAUUGUCCAUCAUGUUAUCGAGAAGUACAAAAACGUGUUAAUCGUUAUCGACGAGAUCUUAAUGUACUUCAAAAUGCUAUUUUAACAUUAAAUUCAUCUCAAACAUUUAAUUCAUUACGUGAAGAUAAAAAAUUAACAAGUGAACUUGAUGCAUUAGCUAGUAAUUUAAAUAAUCUUAAAAUUGAUUUACAAAGAGCAGGACUUGUCUUUCGAAAUACAACUGACUAUGAUCAACAAGAUGCACAAUUUAGAUUAAAUGUAACUGAAUUUGAAGGACGCUAUCGUAAAUUAGAACGAGAAUUGCCAGAAUUUAUUGCGCAAAAUGAUCGUAUUCGAGAUAUUCUUCAAAAAUCUAAUGAUGCGUCUCUAAUUGAUACAACAUAUCAAUUAACUCGAAUUGAUAAAAUAUUAUUAACUAUCGCUCCAAUCAGUUAUAAAAAUGAUAAUAAACAUGAAUCUGCUAUUAAUAAAACAUUAAUUAUGCAAAUGCGCAUUAAUAAUCUUCGUGAUACAUUAAAAACAUUACAAAAAUCUUAUGAUGAUGCUUUAAAUCAAAGUCAUUUAACUGAAAUUUUUCUCAAUACAAAAUUAGGUAAUUCUGAAGCCUUAGUUCGUGAUCAAUUAGAAAAUAAUAUGAAACAAAGAUUAACAUCACUUGAUCUUCGUCGUCAAAAACUUGUAGAGCAAUCAUUAAAUCUUCUUCGUCGUGUUGAAGAAAUGAAAAUUGCAACAGUUGAAUGGAAAUCUAAUUUAACCAAUUUAUCUGUUGAUCAAUCAGGUCUUACACUUGAUUUAUCAAAUAAUCUUCGAGAUCGUGUCACAAAAAUUUCUCAGGAUGUUAAGAAAUUUCAAGAUGAUAUGAAAAUAUUUGUUAAACAAAUGUAUGAAUUACAAGAUAUGUCAAAAAAUUUUGAUCGAGAAAUAAAAGCUCUUCAAUUAUCUGUUCAAGAUGCUAUUCGAGAAACUCAAACUUUAUUUGCUGAAGUUGAGCAAACUGAAAAUAAAGCUCGACAAGCUAUUGAAAAAACAACAAUGAUUGAACAAGAUGUACAAAAAAUUCGUCAAAAUCUUCGCGCAUUUGUUCAAGAUAAAGAUACACAAAGUAAAGAUGCUGAAACACAAUAUAAUCGUCUAGACACAAUGCAAAAUCGUACAAAUGAGAUAUCUCGACGAUAUUGGGUAUUAAAUGAUCAAUAUCGUUUACUUAAUACAACAAUUUUUAAUGCUAUUGAAAAUCAUGAAAAAAUUAAAUUAGAUUAUAAUAGAAAUGAUAUGAUUCAAAAUUCCACUGCAAUCAAAGAACGAGUGGAUGCAAAAUUAAUUCCAUUAAAAGCUAAAACUGAUUCAAUUAAUAAUCGAUCAUCAAUUGCUCUUGAUAAUAUAAAAAAUAUAAAAUCGCAAGCAGAUAUUCAUGUUCGUCGUAUUGAAAAAGCUUCUGAAAUUGGUAAAAAUUUAACAAACGAUAUAAAUUCUGCUCGUGAUCAAGUUGGAAAAUUACUCGAACAACUUAAAUCAUUACAAUCAUCAUUAAAUUAUUCAACACAAAUAAAUACAACCCAUUUAGAUGAAGUUGAAAUUGAAUUUCAAAAACUUUCAUUAGAUAACAUCUUUAGUUCUAUUGAUCAGUUUUAUUCAGGUGCAUAUUUUAUUAAAAAUCAAACGGAUCAAUUCAUUCUUCUUCAUGAUCAACUUGAUUAUCAAGUUAAUAAUUUACUUGAUAUAGCACAAUCAUUGCCAACUGGUUGUUUUAAAACUAUAUCUAUUGAAAAUAGCGAUGGAACACCUGGAGAAACAUAA